UUAGGAAAAUGUGUUUCCGGAGGCUUAACGCAUUUUUGUUCCUGUGGACUUUCUCAGUGAGCUGGGGAGUUAAUUUAGAAAGCCGAGUGGAGUCGUUUAAUACGUUAGAGGGAUUAGAAGAAACGCUAUUCAUCUUUAACUUCCGACUUUUGGGUAGAGAUCGGUUGUUAAAUGGAACUUUUGUUCACUUGGUCGACCUUGACGACUCCUUCGAAAUUUGGCUUAAUAUUCAGAAAUUUAAGAAUGGAAGAUGGAUACAAGGAAAUAUUAAUGUGAAAACCACGGCUUGCGAUUGGUUCACAAACUUCUUUGGUAAAUAUUUCUUGCCGCUGGUGAAGGACUCAAAUGUUCCACCUGCCAAUGAGUUGUGCCCUUUUCGAAAGGGUGAAUAUUAUUUGAAGAACGUGGUUAUUGAUCCGCGGAAUUGGCCUCCAAUUUUACCUCGAGGCUUAAGCCAAUUCAAUGUUUCUUAUGUACGAAAUGGCAAAAGUUAUGGUGGUUUUCAGUUUGUCAUUGAUAUUGAAGAGGAAUAGGAGUGUUGGGAAUCAGAUAUCAUGAUUUAUUAAA